AUGCCUCUCGACGAAGAAGGCGCCAAGUGGUCUUGUGAACCCUGCAUUCGUGGCCACCGAUCCUCGAAAUGCCAGCACUUCGACCGACUAAUGAUGAAAGUACCAAAGGCAGGACGCCCAUUAGCUAAAUGCCCUCAUCCUAAAGGCACCUGCAGCUGCCAGAAGACCUAUGCCUUCAUGGUCCGAAUUCCAAAAGGCUCGAGCUGUUUAUGUCGUCCACUAUAUAAAGUACCUGCUGGAGCAAAUGAACCACAGUCUGCACAAGCCUCUAUGGCCCCAAUAUCUUCACCCUCCGGCAAAGUUCAAAAAGCUGGAAGACGGCAGAGCAACAUUCAAGUCGCCCCCGAGAACAUUGUCAAGGCGUUUGAGAAUAUGCCGGAGAAUCUCAAGUUUGAGGAUGGAGUAUCGCAGUAUUUGACCAACUUGCCUCCAUAUAAACCCGAGCAGAAUGGCUCUUCGCCGACCAUAAAUCACAACAACUCUUUCCCACCAUCGUCAUUGAAAGAGCCUAUCUCAAAUACUCAGCCGAAAAAUGAGUCUAGUUGCUGCUCCCAAAAGCCCUCGGCCCCUUCGGUUACACCAGCUGGCGGAGGUUCUUGCUGUAGUGGAAAGUCCAGCAUAUCCGCUACACCACCCCCAAAUUCUCGAGAACAGAAAUCAAACGAGCAAAUCCCGUGGAAUGACAUGUCCUAUAUGAACUUCUCAGCCCAGCAAAUUUCUUCGUGGGAGAGCCCGAUGGUAUCUACCCAAGGAUCGUAUUUGCCAUCGUUUGAGGUGCCGGGUGCCCAGGUGCAACCUUUCUAUAUGAAUGGAUACACACCGAACUUGUCUUCUGUGUCCUACUCGAAUACCAUGAAUGAACUCGGUAUCAGUCAAUCUUCUAUGACACAAUUCGCAUUGAACCACUCACAUAACCCUUCAUACGCACCCACAAACUUGGGCGGAGAUGCUUGCCAUGAGUGCAAGUGCGGGGAUGAGUGUCAAUGCUUAGGCUGUGCUGCCCAUCCAUUCAACAACACUACCAGACAACAUGUCCAGGAAAUGGGUGUCAUAAUGACCUUCGACGGAGACGAGAGUUCUUCGGAAGCAAUUGCAAAUGGCUUCCGACCCUCGCAUUUCCAAGGAAACACUCCACAUACCCCUUUGAACUUGUUCACGCAACACGGGCAUGCUUUGGACCAUGGGGUCUCACAGACCUCCUAUGAGCCAUACUCUGACCCAAGCUCAACUAUGCCAAGUGGCUACUCGUCACCUAUACCCGCUGGUCAUCACCUGAACCAGCAAUUGAUGCAUCCCUCGGAAUACUACACUCUCGAGUAUCCGGUAGGGCUCCCAAGUGCCUGUUCAAAUGUGACCGGCAGUUGCCAGUGUGGCAACGAUUGCAGCUGUGUCGGCUGUCUCACCCACAGUGGCCACAACGGCGUUCCACUCGAUGCACCUAUACCAGAAACAUCUGCUACUCAUUCGUCCUCACAGCAACAUUCUGCCCAAAGCCAGACGCCCGUAACAACAACUGGCAGCCAAAUGUCCCGGAUCCCAGUGCUCGACAAUGUUUCUGUUCCGUGCCUAAGUCCACGUACGCUAGAGACGUCGAUGAUUUGA